CAGGCAUUGUAUCGGGCAGCCCUAUCACCGGUAAGAGGUUGAGUUAGGACCCAGCAUGCCAACCCAGCAGAAGUGUUGUUCUUUAGUGAUAUUAGAUUAUUCUUACGGUUUAAUCAAUUGAAGAUUCAUCACAGAAAUGGAGACAGAUAUUAUUGACUCACUGGAAGAUCUGGGGUACCAAGGCCCUCUGUUGGAGGAUGGAGCACUGGAGGCUGCGGUGAGCGGGGGAGCAGCAGCACCAGAGUUCACCAAGGUGUGUGCCUGGAUCGUCUCAGAGCUCAAGCUCUACUGUCAGCUGGAGGAGAAUGUCCAUGCCACCAACUGUCCCAGUGAGGCAGAGGGGUUCCAGCUGGAGAUGAGUGGUCUUCUGUCUGAGCUGGCCUGUCCUUACAAUGUCCUCACCACAGGAGAUGUCACCCAGAGGCUGCUCAACAAGACAAACUGCCUACUGCUCAUCACCUUUCUGAUCUCGGAGCUGGAGGCCUCCAGGAUGAUCCUGGUCAACAAGCCUCAGAAGGCAGCCCAGGAGGCCGGGGGCAGUGUUGUCUUUAUGGAGCUGAAGGGGAUCUGUGUGUCCCUGGGCAUGUCCAAACCCCCAGCCAACAUCACAAUGUUCCAGUUUUUCAGUGGGAUCGAGAAGAAGCUGAAAGAAGCUCUAGCCAAAGUGCCAUCAACUCAUGUUGGGGGUCCUCUGAUGAAGAAGCCACUUGGACCAGUUCACUUUGAAAAAAUCGAAGCCAUCAAUCAAGCACUUGUGAAUGAGUAUGAAGUCCGAAGGAAGAUGUUAUUGAAACGUCUUGACGUGACAGUUCAGUCCUUCGGUUGGUCUGACAAAGCUAAGAAACAUGCUGAAAAGCUGGCCAAUGUAUACCCGCCUCUGCGUUCAACCCUCGCCACAAAGAGCAAAGUCUCGGUGGCUCACCUCUUUGCUGCACGAGAGGACCUCUCCAAGAUUAUGCGCACAAGUAGUGGCAGGAUAAGGGAGAAGACUGCUUGUGCCAUUAACAAGGUUCUGAUGGGACGUGUGCCAGACAGAGGUGGGCGACCCACUGAGAUUGAGGCCCCCCCACCAGAGAUGCCCACCUGGCAGAAGAGGCAAGACGGUCCACAGGGAGGUGGACACUAUGGCGGGGGUGGACGAGGAGGCAGCAGGGGGGGCUACGACCAACACUCUCAGGGGGGCCGAGGGGGUUACGAGCGAGGAGGGGGUUAUGAAAGGGGCGGGAGGGGUGGAGGAGGGGGUGGCAGAGGGGGCAAGGUGCAGGGAGGCUGGUCGGACGGAGGAGGAGGAGGAGGAGGAGGAGGAGGAGGAGGUGGUGGUGGUGGUGGUGGUUACCAAGGUCAUUACCAGGAAGGAGGUGGCCACCAAGCGGGUGGGGGGAGAGGAGGUUAUGGGGGUGGAAAAUUUCAAGGGGGCUUCCAGGGCCCUGGUUACCCUGCAGGAGGGCAUCAAGGCGGAGGAGGGGGCGGAGGAGGUGGUUACCAACAUGACAACCACAAUCAAGAUGGCGGUCGCCACCAGGACAGGGGUGGCCGAGGGGGUCGCGGGGGUAGGGGAAGAGGUGAUGGUAGAGGAAGAGGUGAUGGUAGGGGAAGAGGACAGGGGGGAGGUUGGGGAGGGCGAGGGGGUCAGAAUUUGAACCAAGGAGGACAGUUUGAACAGUUCUUCCAGCAGGGUGGCCAGCAGUACAAUCAAGCAGGCUUUAGCCAGGGGAGCAAAAACUACACUAGUUGAAAAGAAAGUGCAGGCCACUGAAGCAGAGAUCAUGCAAGAGCCAUGAAGUGAAAACGCCUUAUUUUCUAAAUGUGAAUAUUAAUAUAAAGCAUGGUUAUUAUAAUUUCUUCCCUAAACCGAAUAAGAAUGUGGAGAGUGACCAUGUCUCCAACAGAAGAGAAAAGUCCAAGUCAUGCAUGACAUGAGAGCUCAAACAAACCAGACUUUUCCACAAUUCCAUGGCUGUUAACAAAUGACUGUUCCCAUGUGUUCUUUUGCAUAUGUGAGUGCUUUUGUGUUUAUGCUGUGUUCCACUAUCUUGCCACAUGAAAGUUAAAGCCAAUGUUUGCCAUUGUAACACCUAAAUUAUAAAGCCUUAUCUUGAAGAUUAUUUGAAAGAGGAGUUGAAUGUCAUGUAACUACAUAUGAUAAGGUGACAAUUGUGGAAGUAUUGUAGUCCAUCCUUAGUUAAUUUAAUUAAUACUUGAAAAGAAACGAGCUUUAUUUCUCCCUUUUUUUUUUUUUUUGUAAGCUUUGGUUUACAUUAUUGUUACUAGGAAUGGGUUAAAAAUAAGCUUGAGCCUCAAAUGUUUUGCUGUUGCAAAUAGUUUUGACUGGUAUCUCCUCUAUUACUUAUUUAAAAUAUGCCACCUAAUGAUGCUUAUAAACAAAAUUGUGUACAUACUUGGAUGUAAGAAAGACUACUUGGAAGUGUGAAUGAAUGAGAGGUGAGCAAUAAAAUCUAAUGGAUUUAA